CGCGGAGUCCGGGGCGCGCCGAGCCAGCGGUGCGCCGGCGCGGGAGGGCGCGGAACCGACUCGUCCUGCGGCCAGCCCAGCCCGCGGCGGCCCGCUCACCCCUGCCGGGGCCAGAGGCGGGCCCGGGGGCGGCCGCGAGACCGGCGCAGCUGCGGGGCGGGGCUGGAUAUUAACCAUCCCCCGGCCAGUGGCUGUGGCAGAGCCGGGCUUCCCCGCUGGCAGCCGGUGCCUGGCACCUGCCCAGAGGGGGCUGCACCCCGCGGGGUGCUCGUGCGGCCCUGGGGAUGAAAGAUAGAAAAGCCCGUUUUAUUACAGAGCUUUGUCCUGGUGUUUUCUGAAGGGCAAACGGCCCUGCCCCUCAGAGCCACAUGGCUGAUUAUACAGAGGUGAGCUGUGGGAAGGCUACAGGCAUUUACCUGCAGCUCUGUAUUUUGGUCACUCACUAGCGGGGCCUGUGGACAAGGCAGUUAGUUGUCUUCUUUCUUGCUGUACCUUCUAUUUGAGCAAGGCCAAGAAUGAGCAAUUGGAGGAGGAGGUGCAGCAACAGCACAAGCAGUCCCAACAGCCAUCCACCUAACUUCCUACUUAAAUUCCCCCACUGGUACCCAGCUAUCCACUAGCCACCCCAAGUGAGCACUCCUCAUCAGCCAGAACUGCCAAGUUUUGUUCAGCUCCAUGCCUCACUUCCAGCGCUGCUCAGGGCAGUACUGAACAUAAACUCAUGAUUCUGGUUAAAGUGAAAAUACCUUUUGGAAAUAAAUACCUAGACGCUAUCUUUUCUGUCCCAGACAAGAUUUUAACACACGGAGUGAUUCUUACUCAUGGAGCUGGAGGAGAUAUGAAUUUCUCUCAUUUAGUUUCUUUGGUAGCCUAUCUUGCAUCCCGUGGACUUCUGUGCUUGAGAUUUACCUGUAAAGGCCUUAACAUUGCUUAUAGGACUAAAGCAUAUAAAACAGUUGUGGAAUAUUUAAAGUCCUCCGGUGAAUAUAAACUUUCUGGUGUCUUUCUUGGAGGUCGUUCGAUGGGUUCACGAGCCGCUGUCUCUGUGGCACGUCAGAUUAGCCAGGAUGACAAUGAGGAUUUCAUUCACGGUCUGAUAUGUUUAUCUUAUCCACUUCAUCGACCAAAGCUUCAGUCCAAACUCCGGGAUGAAGAUUUAUUUUUUAUUAAGUGUCCUGUGCUGUUUGUCUCAGGAUCAAAAGAUGAGAUGUGUGAAAAAAAAUUAUUGGAAGGUGUGGCAAGCAAAAUGAAGACCCCUAAAAAAAUUCAUUGGAUUGAAAAAGCAAACCAUGGCAUGACAGUGAAAGGACGAACAGCAGAUGAUAUUAUGAUGGAAAUAAGCACACAGGUUUUUUCAUGGAUCAAAGAAAUAAUUGAACAGGAGUACAAAUAAUUUCCAACAGUUAAACAUCGGUUACAUUAACCUUCCUUAAAUGUAAAGGGCUUGUUUGACUUGCCAAAGAGAGCAUUAGAAAAGAGCUAUUCCUACAUGAGGCCUACAUGAUUCAGAACAGGUCAUUCUGCAAAUAUUAAGUGUAAACAUACAUAAAAAAUAUUUUUUGAAUCCAAAACCGCUAUGCAAUGUGAACAAGGUAGUAAUACCAUUUUUUAAAGGUGAAGAUCACAAAACAUGCAAAAUAUUAACGAUGGGGCACUACUUUUCUAUAUUUCAGUUUUAGUGGUGUAUCCAUUUGUUGGUCUGCGUGACCAAACGAUACCUUUUUAUAUUUUUUUUUUGUACUGUUUAGUUAGUGUGUUUUCAAAGAUUACUGCAAAAUAAACUAAAUUUUCUACUGGA